AUGUUUGGUGGUAUCACGACAAAGGCUUUGCUAAUAGCCGGUUUGGCCUUCUCAAGCACUGCUGCGCCAAGCAAGAAUGAGAAACGCCACUGGGUUGGCUCAUGGGCGUCUAUGCCUCAGAUUGUCGAGCCUGCCAAUCUUGCCCCAGCGCCUUUUGGAGGACCAGAUCUUGCUGCUCAAUUCCUAAACACUACGCUGCGUCAGACAUUCCACAUGUCAAUUGGCGCCGAGAAAAUUAGAAUUCGAUUUUCUAACAUCUUCGGCAAGACGGAACUGCCCAUCAAUGCAGCUACCAUCGCUCUACCAGCUGGUGGAAAGGCUGGUGUUGGUGAAAUUGACACCAAAACCGCCAAGACGCUCAAGUUUAACGGAAAGAAGUCCGUCUCUGUGCCUGCAGGAGAGAUUGUCUACUCUGACCCUAUCGACUUUAAACUAAAGCCUCUGUCAAACCUUGCUUUGUCUGUGUACACCGAGAAAGGUCAAGCUGGAAACACCAUCACCGGACACCCUGGUAGCAGAACUACUUCUUGGAUGCAGAAUGGCAACCAUGUGAAUGCUGCUUCUGUUUCUGGAGGAAGCACUAAGCAUUGGUACUUUGCUAACGGUGUUGAUGCUUGGGCUCCUGCGGAUAACUUUGCUGUUGUUCUGUUGGGUGAUAGUAUCACUGAUGGACGAGGCAGCACUGAUGACACAAAUGAUCGUUGGUCUGAUGCACUUGCUGCGCAUCUCCAAGCCUCAGGAUUGAAGAACGUCGCUGUCAACAACAUGGCUGCGGGCGGUAACGCGAUUCUCCAGGGUGGUCUUGGCCCUCCCCUUCUUCAACGCUACAAGCGAGACGCUCUUGAGCAACCCGGUGCCAAGUUCGUUGUCAUUUUCGAAGGUGUUAACGACAUUGGCCCAUCCGCCACCGACGCCGCCACCCAGAAGAAGGUCAAGAAUGGUCUCAUCGCCGCCUACCAACAAAUUGCCGGCGAUAUCAAGAAGGCUGGCAUGACCAGCAUCGGAGCCACCAUUACCCAAAUGCUCGGAAACCAGUACUAUGCUCCUGAGAGAGAGGUGACUAGGGUCGCUAUCAACGAGUGGAUCUUGAGCAAUGGGACUUUUGACCACACGGUUGACUUUGCUUCGUUGAUUGGAAAGGGAGAUAAGCUGCUCCCUCAGUACGAUUCUGGAGAUGGUCUGCAUCCUAACCCUCUUGCGUACAAGGAGAUGGGCACCAAGUUUCCCAUCAAGUUCUUUAAGAAGUACUAA